CAACAAUUUUGUUAAACAUAUUCAUUCAAUCUUCUAACCCUAACAUCAAACAACAAAAUAACGCAUAAUGAAUAGAUUCAUUUGCACCUUCGCCGCAAUUGUCGCCGUUGCCAAUGGCUACUCAGUAAGCGGUGGCAGCCGUGGUUAUGGCUCUGGUGGUUCUGGUGGUGGUGGCGCCUCCUCCUCGAUCGCUGGAAAUGCCUAUCAAUUGCUGCCAGCCGUUUCGGUGCAAACGAUUGCUGCGACUGGAGGUAGCUCGGCCGGUUAUGGUGGCUCGUCGGGCGGUUAUGGCGCUGCCGCUGGUGGUUAUGGUGGCUCCUCGGGCGGUUAUGGCAGUUCGGCGGGUGGUUAUGGCAGUUCCGCUGGUGGUUCCUCUGGUGGUUAUGGCGCCGCGAGUGCACCAUCUGUUGAUAUCAAUAGUUUGCUGGCUGCAGUUGGUGGUGAUAUUAGUGCACAACAAGCGGCUCAUCUCGCCUUAUCCUUGCCUUCCGCCGGCGGUCCACUUAUUGAUACCUCAAUUGUUUCUGGUAGCAGUAGUCGAGGUUCCUAUGCCAGCGGCGGCAAUUUAGCUUAUGUUAUAGCGCCUAGCGGCGGUUCUUACUCUGCUCCAGCUCCAGCUGCGGCUUCAUACGCUGCACCAGCUCCAGCACCGGCUGCAUACGCAGCACCAGCUCCAGCACCGGCUGCAUACGCUGCACCAGCUCCAGCUCCAGUUGCUUAUGCAGCACCUGCUCCAGCUCCAGCCGUCUAUGCAGCACCUGCUCCUGCCCCAGCCGCCUAUGCAGCACCUGCUCCUGCUCCAGCCGCCUAUGCAGCACCUGCUCCUGCUGCUGUUGUGUAUUCAGCUCCUGCACCUGCACCGGCCGCUUACCAAGCUCCAGCACCAGCUCCAGCAGCCUACGGUGCUGCUGCUCCUGCUUCAGCUCGCGCAUCAGCACCUGCCGCAGCUCGUCGUCCAUCAGCUGCCGCUGCCGUGAGCUACAUCUCGGGCGGCAGCAGCAAUGCUGCCUCCGCACCCGCUGCAGCAGCUGCUAGUCUAUGUUAUUGCGGCGGUAAAAAACCAAACACAACAACUGCCAAAAUGCAACGUUUCAUCUGUGCUUUAUUCUCGGUGUUGGCACUCGCGCAUGCCCUUCCUUAUGGCGGCUCGAGCAGCAGCAGUAGCAGUGGCGGUUAUGGCGGCAGCAGCAGUGGCGGUUACGGCGCGCCAGCUGCAGCACCCGCUCCAUCUUAUACCAGCGGCGAUGUAAUUGUGUCACAGGAACCCGCAGUCUUGUAUAACAUUCCUGCACCAUCGGCUUGGAAUAUAUCGCCAGCUAGAGCAGCCGGUCCAGUGCUAACACCGGUUGACGCUAGGACUAUCUCAGGAUCUGGUACGGCAUCAUCGUUGAUUGGCAUCUCAUCGCGUCCAAGUGCCAUCGCUGCUGCGGCUUCUGCUAAUGUGCCUUUGAAUGCUGGUUCCUACAAGCUAUUGAUUGUACCCUCCUAUGAAGUGCCCAAUAUUGUGGGACCUGAACCUGCUGUGCCCAAGUCGCCCGCUGGUGUUGGUGCUGGUGGCAGUGGCGGACAGGGUUAUGGCGGUCAAGGCUAUAGCGCUCCGGCUAGUCAAUUAUUAGUACCAAUUGUGGAAGAAGCCAAAGAACUUCCAGCAAAAGCGAACCAACCACACACAAUGCACAGCAAUAUGAAACAGUUCAUGUGUCUUUCUUUGGCGCUUUUCGCCUCCGUGGCUGUGGCACAUCCGUAUGGACAAUCGGCGUCAUCGUAUGGUGCUGCGCCAGCAUCCAGUGCAGGUUAUGGUGCUGCGCCAGCGCCAAGUGCAGGUUAUGGUGCUGCACCAGCGCCAAGUGUUGGUUAUGGUGGUGGCGCCAGUGGCGGCGCUAGUACAGUGCAGCAAGUCAGCUUGGCCGGUCUCGCCAAUUUGGUGAAUAUCGAAGCGAUUGAGAGAUAUUUGAAUGCGCCAGCCCCAGCUGCCCGUGGUAGCGGUUCCGCUUCGUAUUCUCAAGCUAAAUAUGUUGUAUCCGCCUCAUCACCUACUGCCGGUCCCGUAAUUUCUUCGAGUUACAGUGCUGCGCCAGCUCCUGCAGCGGCUGCAUCUUCGGGUGGUUAUGGUGCCUCAGCUGGACCAGCUCUUUACGUGAACGAAGCACCAUCUAUCAGUUACUCCGCUCCCGCUGCCAGUUAUUCCGCACCCGCUCCAGUCGCCAGUUAUGCUGCUCCCGCUCCAGUCGCCAGUUACGCUGCUCCCGCUCCAGUCGCUAGUUAUGCUGCUCCUGCUCCAGCCGCUAGUUAUGCUGCUCCUGCUCCAGCCGCUAGUUAUUCCGCCCCUGCUCAAAUAGCCGGUUAUGCCGCUACAGCUCCAUCUUCAUCUGGCUAUGGUGCUUCAUAUUCUGGCAGUGCUUCUGCCGCUCCCCGUUAUACCGUCCUCCCAGCUACUGUUACCCAGAUCAAUGCUGGCAAGACCAGCUACAAAACCUAUCAAACUCCCAUCCAAUACAGCACCGUAACCCUUCCAGUUGCUGCCUCUGGCCCCGUCGCCAAUUUGUAUGUACCUGAAAACGCCGGUUCGUCUGGUAGUUCUGGUAGCUCCUAUGGCGGUUCAUCUGGUUAUGGCAGCUCUGGUAGCUCUAUCAGCUCCUAUGGUGGUUCAAGUUAUUAAGCUUACUUCAAAAUAGCGGUAAAUUUAGUUAGUAUUACUAAUUUAUGUGCAUGCGACCAGUUAAAGAAUUCCAAAUUCAAAAUUUUUAUUUGAGAGCGUUUUGUGUAAAAAAUUGUUUGAUAAAAGUUUGGAACAUGUUUUGAUAUAUUUGUUUUUUGGCUAAUAAAUAAAUUGUUUUUAAGUUGAA